ACCGCUAUUCAUCCCGGGUCCCGUUUGCUCAUUGUUAUUCUGCCCGAGUGAGUGAGUGAAUGAGAGAGGGAGAAAGAGAGGGAUAGUGAACGAGAGAGUGAGGACAUUGUGAGAGAAAAGGAGAGUGGUAAAGAGAGACAGAGAACGGAAGAGACCUGAGGCUUCUAACGGUAGGGAGUUUGAUGCAGCGGUCGGGGUUUAUUCGCGGUGAAUUUUCUGUCCGGGGUGGUGCGUGAAGGCAUGUUGCUAAUCGGCACAACAGUGAGUAGGGGUACAGAACGGCACCAAAAGUCUGACGCCGAUUUGUGUGAGUAAAAAAGAAGAGCGUGAGAGACAGAGAACGAAGGCAGGGGGGGGAGAUUGAGAGUUAGUGCACUGCUGGGUGAAACAACCCCCCACUAACGAAGGGGGAAGCAAUAGAAGAAAAGGGAAAAAAGACAAAAGGCAAACGGCGUUUCGGUCAUCUGUUUUUUUCCAACAAUGAGCUCAGAAAAGAGAUUACAUGAAAAAUGUUGACCCAUAUCGGAUAAUGGAGCAGGACAUAAAGUCAACAUUUCCAGUCGUUAGCUCUGGAAGGUCACCCUCUUGAUGAGGAGCAGCUGGGGUUCCCAAAGACUGGCUCCGGACCCACUGGGGACCUCAGUCUGCUGUUGUAAAGCCUAAUACCCUCAGAUACAGGGGAGGAGACUACAAUACACAAACAUUCUGAAACACCAUGUCUCGUUCAGACGAGGUCAACAAGAUGACAGAAAACGUGUAUAAGGGGAUUCUGGACCAGUUCAACCCCAGUCUGAAGAACUUUGUGACCAUGGGGAAACACUAUGAGAAAGCCCUGACAGGAGUGACGGUAGCAGCCAAGGGAUACUUCGAUGGUCUGGUCAAACUGGGAGAACUGGCCAGCGACAGCCAAGGGUCCAAAGAACUGGGAGACACGUUAUUCCAGAUGGCCGAGGUGCACAGGCAGAUUCAGGUUCAACUGGAGGACGUGUUGAAGCUGUUCCAUUCUGAGCUGCUGUCCCAGUUGGAGCAAAAGCUGGAGUUGGACAUUAAAUAUCUUACCGCCACGUUGAAGAAAUAUCAGAGUGAGCGCAAGUCGAAGUCUGAAUCUAUCGAGCGCUGCCAAUCACAGCUCAAGAAGCUGCGCAGGAAGAGCCAGGGCAGUCGCCACCCCAACAAGUAUGGAGAUAGGGAGAUGCAGUAUGUGGAGCUAAUGAGUCGUCGUCAGGCUGAGCUGGACACGCUGGUUGCUGUGGGUUACCGCUCGGCGCUGACUGAGGAGAGGAGACGAUACUGCUUCCUGGUGGACCGCCAGUGUUCCGUUACCAAGCUGCUCAUCAACUAUCACUGCAAGGUGAGAGAGCUCUUGUCACAGAAGCUGUCCUCAUGGCAACAGUCAUGCUCCCAGCCAACCAGACUACCUGAACGGGCGCUCAACCUGCUGCGUCACACCGCCCCUCAGGGCUCUGGGGCGUCUGGGAUAGCUGAGCUCCUCCGACAUGCCAAGCUGGGCGCUGCACAGCCAGAACAGAGGCUGUCAGUACAGGAGGUGCCUCCCUUGUUGAAUGGUGGCUCCAAGCAGCAGAAACCCAUCCCCUCUUCUUCCCAGAGUGACAUCCCCCCUCCCCAACAUUCCCCCGGACCCCAGACCUUCCGCUCCCUCGCUGCCACUGGAGGGGCUAUUGGAGGGAGUGGGGCAGGCUCCCCUCAGCAGACCAGCACACCUAUUAGUGUCUCAGCUAGCCCCAAUGCUAACAACAACACAAGUGAUAAUGCUAUCACUACUGCUAACACUCCCACCACUUCAUCCACCUCCUCCACGGUUGGCUCCAGCCAAGCCCAGCAGACCUCUCUUCUCCUGGCCACCAGCACCUCCAGCCUUUCUCCUAGUCUGAUUCCCUCCACUGUGCUUUCUCUCAGCCAGAGUUCCCCAUCCUACUCCUCCCUACAGGGCCUGGCCCUGCCGUUGUCCCUCGGUGCCCCUCACAGUCCUCCACUACCCCACAGUGCACCUCUCUCCAGAGCCAUAACCCCCUCGCUGCACCACCAGGGAGUGCUAGGAGGAGGGAACACCCCAUUGCUGUCCCAUAAUCCCAUUUUGAUGAAGGCAGCGGAGAUGUAUGGAACGUCUACGCUGCCGUUGCCUAGGAGACCAGUCAGUGAGGCCCGGGUGGGAGGGUUUAUGGGUUCCACUCUGCCCAGAGACAGAGUUCUCCCUCUCUCCAGCCCGUCUCGUGUGGAAGCCAUAUUUGCCCACGCUCCUGGGGGUUCAGAGGGCAGUGGAGUGGGCGGGGCCUGCUUACUUCACUUCCUGCCAGGCGACGCUCUCAGCCUCCUCAUCUCUGAGCCCAGAGAUGGGUGGCACUAUGGCCAGAACGAACGGACGGGACGGAAAGGCUGGUUCCCUUUCUCCUAUACUCAGCCCUACCCCAACACCUUGGAUCCCCUCGACAGCAGCUCCCCGCUCCUCUCUAAGGUCAACAGUACCAGUACGGGUCAGUUAGAUAAGCUGGUCUCCCCUGGCCUGCCUGCCCUGACCCCUGAGUCCGAGGAGGAGCGCUCAUUCCCCCCUCAGAGGGUCAGCACCUUCCGCCCGCGCCCAUACAGCAUGGCCGACUCCAACCAGUUCAGCCUGAGGCCGAAGGUCAGAGGUGAAGGGGUAGAGUGGGCAGGGCCCCCUGACCGACCGGCUCUGUCAAUGCUGAUGCAAGAGCUCUCCUCAGACUUCACCUCUCCUCCACCCUCCCCAACCUGGACCAACCCAUUUGCCCAUGUCCGGCUCAGAAAGACGGUGACCAACGAUCGCUCUGCACCCAUCAUCGAAUAGUACAUGGUCUCCUUGAACAGGCAUCCAAUGGAGAGGUGUUAAUAGGAAACAUUCAUGUGUAUUGAAUUUGUUUUCAGAGUCCAGUAACUGUUGGUUGAGUUCUCAACUGUUGAGCCUUAAGAGAAAGCCUUAACAGGCGAUGGUUUUGGGGAGGAGAUUCUCCCAGCGAGUAUCAGUUUAGCUAGCUAACUUGUAACUAGUUAGGUAAACCUUUCUGUUCAUGUUGGUUAUUUACAAGUGCUGAUUAGAUGUGUAUUAAUCAGGCCUAAGUCAAAAUACAAGUGCUGAUUAGAUGUGUAUUAAUCAGGCCUAAGUCAAAAUACAAGUGCUGAUUAGAUGUGUAUUAAUCAGGCCUAAGUCAAAAUACAGACACUUAUGUUGUGUUAUUUUGAAGAUAGAAGAAUCAAAGCUGAAAUUUGAGUGACAUAACAGUGAUUGUCAAAACCCUUUGGACAAAAUGAGAUCUUGAAUAAAAAUCCACCAUAGUAUUUGAGAAUUAUAGAGUAAAAAGAUGAGUGUGGGAGUUGGAAUUUAAAAAGCUCUGUGAUGUUAGUAAAAACACAAACAGAUGACGGCCAUUUUCUUGGCAUGUCUCAACAUUAACAUUUGAGCCCUGGGCAUUACUGAUCAUUUUAGAAUGUUCUUUUCAUUUUACAACACUUUUCUAGAAGUAACCUUGGUAGAAAAUGUUUAUGUUUUUUUGUCUGUACCCUUUCAGGGACUGGUUCCUGGUAGCCGCCUGUAGUUGGGUACUAGUUUAAUGAAUUAUAGCAUACUUUACUUGUACCAUUAGGAAUUGUCUUAAAGGACAGGCUCCUGUUUUAUCAGUAUUUUCAUCGAGGAGGUUUUUUGAGAAGAGUUGUGCAGAGAUAUGUGUGUAGGAUCCAGGAAAAUCCAAACAUGUUGAAGAAUUGUCUUUUUUUUUUCAUUGUUGGGAUUCAAUUAGAGUAUGUUUAAACACAUUGUUAGCUAGGCAGAUGUAUUUUCACGAUAGAUGCAGACCUACCAAUCACUUGUUGAUUUAUCACAUUUGUACAACUUAAUUUACAUGUUCUCUGUAUGGCGAUUUAAAGAAAGGUGUAUUGAUGUUGCUUACUGAUGUCAUCAGCACAAUGCUGGGUAGGAAAUAGUUCAACACCAAUAUUUUUUUAAAUAAUUUGUUUUAAUUUGCGGUAGUUUUUGUAUAAGGAAUUACAUUUUUAAGAUCAACUGAUCAAUUUACAAAGGCAAUUGAUAUGAUAUGUUAUACACAGAAAUAUGUUGCAUUGCAAAGCUAUUGCUGCUAGUUUGGAUGUGUAGAUUGUAUUGAGCGUUUACCUUCAAGAGUCUCUGUUAUCGACAGAAACGUAUUAAUAGAAGUAAGAAGGAGCAACCGUACAGAUGUAGGAUCUUUAUUUGAUCACUCUUUUGUUGGUGAGAAUGUUCCUGCAUAGCAGGAAAUGCAAACUUGUAGUGUAUUUUAGUGUUAAAAAGGCUUCUAAAGUGUGUCUAUCAACCCCUACAAAAAUGUAGAUUAAUUUACAUUUCUUGUUGCUGCAGGAUUAUUUCCUGCAACUGGCUAAAAUGAAGAUCUUACAUCUGUAACAAUGCAUCCCUGUGGGGUGAACUGUACUUCUAUUUGUAUUGGACAGGUAGAAGAGGAAAGAAACAGUGGAGGGUUUGGAGGAUGGGUUUUCCUGGACAGUAGGUUUGAGAAAUUGGCAUUGUGUUGAGGGAUAAAAGUAUAAGAAAAGAGAUGGAUUCAGCUGGUUUGUUUUUACUAGUGUCUUCUCGAUUGAUUUCGAAUUCGACUCCAACAGAUUGUUCACAUCUAGCAGAUUUUAGCUGCACGUUUACCAAUUGCAAACCGUACAGAACCUUAUUUAAAGGGCGAAGACAGAUUGUGUUUAUGAAGUCUUUAUGAAGUCUAACUUUGAAAGUGUUGAGGAAAGGAUUUGGAAAGUGGAACAGUGUGUGAGCAAGUGUCAAUGGUAAACUAGUGUAGAAAGUAGUAUUUUUCUCUCACUUUCUCCAUGUCUGGUGUCUCUCUAGACUGUCAUCUGGUAUCUCGCUAGUGUCUCUUUCAUCUAGAAAACUGCAGUUGAGAGAUUCAGGGUGGAAAUAUGUGGCUGGGAAAAUGGAGUUUCUCCGUAUGAUCUUUUAUUCUGAUUUCCGGCCCUUACAGCAUAUAGUUCCUUCUCUCCUCAUGCUUCUGUAUCGUAUUAACUUGCAUCUCUAACCUAGCCUGUGAAAUGAGGGACUUUCUUGCUAUGGUAAUUAUAACACACAAUAAAAAACAUUGAUGUUGAUUUAAAUACUGAGUAUAGUGGAAUCACAUAGUUGAAGUUUACUUAUGUUUGUACAAAUUGCAAAAAAAAAAAAGUUUUUGAUCUUGUUUAACUUUGUUAUUCCUUAACCUUGCACCUUUUCACCGUCCUAACCUUCUUCAAAAUAUGACCUUUCAAUGUCAAUCUAGCUAUAUGAGAACGGGAUCCAGUUGUAAAAGGCAAAAGAAAAAUGAUGCUGUGGUGACUAUUCAAGAUCUUAUAUUCCGGAUGCCUCUGUUAGUAGGAUUGUCUUAAAUACGUGUUUAAGAACGAAACAAUUGCCUCUGCCACUACUUUUAUUUCCAUCUUUUAAUUUGUUUUGUUAUAUCAUUGUUUUGUUACUUCAUCUGUAGCUUUUUUCUCUUUAAAACAGCAUUGCCUUUCCGAGACACACAACAAUCAUGGUCACAGUAUAAAACCUUAAAUACACACACAUUCCUGAUACCACUGGUAUUGUAUUUCUUUCAAAUGAAUACUUCAAUAAACAUGUUAAUCACUA